ACCGUACGUCCCCUGGAAACUCUGGGGUGGUUCCAAAGAACAGAAGCCGCCGACGCCGCGCGAAGCCAAAUUGAUCAAUUCUGUCUCCAUGUCGUCCAAGUUAAACCCAAAUGCUGGUGCAUUUGUCCCUAGCUUUGUUGUUCCAGUCGAGGUUGUGACGGCUGCAAUGGUAACGACACCUGCAGCUCCAUCUCCAGGUGUCUCGAAGAAGAACAAAGGGAACAUAACGCCAACAAAUGCCGUUGUAAAUCUCCCUAAAAGCACCCGUUCGAACAAGGUACCAGUUGAUGCCGUGCCGCAUCUUGCGGUCCCCAUCGAGACCCCGUUACCAGCAGUGCGUACCUUGGCCGAACUAGCCGAAGCUGGUCGAAUUGUUCGCGGGCGGCAGCAUUAUUCGAUUGCAGAGCUCUUACAGUUCCGCCCGUUCUUCACCGAUGCGCCUCCAGGGUUUGACUUUGUCACUAUUAACGCCAUGUGCGGAGGCACUGUCAAGGAAAAGACCAAAUUGGCCGCAAAGCGAGAAAAGCAGCGUGCUGCCGCCGCCGCUUCCCAGCCCGUGCUCCAUUACGACCCAAAUGCAUACGCCUACUUUCGCACGACCUCCCCGGACCUUGACAACAAGGCCAAGCAACCGCGGCAUAAACCGACUGAUUCCCCUGAGGACGAAAUGAAGGACGCUAUCGCCAAACUGAACCGGUAUUUCAACGGCACUGAACAAACAUGUCACAUCGAAGUCUCCAGUUUGCUCGAUAACCUGCCGCCAGCAAACUUAAUCUCCGUCGACGAAACCAUCAACUCGUUCCAUGACAUUCCCGUGACGUGCACGUUGUCACUGCAAGCUGUCGUGGGCGUUUUGUUUGACCGGGCGAUAGCCGCGCCGGAGCUGAGCCAAUUUUACGCUCCAUUUUGCUCGGGUCUUUCAGACUCUCUCCCCGAUUUCAAAGAUGGCGCCAGAACCAUUAAUUUCCGACGCAUUUUGCUCACCAAGUGUUAUGAAGCGCUUGUCGAAGAAGCUGACCAUGCGUCGUGGCGGCGCCAAAGCAUGCUGGGCAAUGUCGGCUUGAUAGGCGAGCUCUUUCGACGGUGCGUUGUCCCUACAAAUUGGCCAUGUGGUGCAAUAAUGCUGUCUUGGUUUAGACAACUCCUCACAGAAAACAUUAUGCAUGUGUGUGUGGCCAUGAUGCUUGAUGCAGAUUUGGAAUCUGUGCAUCCUGCGCCGCAAGUACUGCAAGCCGCAUGCCAACUCCUCCUUCAAGUGGGAGACUUACUUGACGGAUCGUCUCCAGCCUCCCGUCGUACGAUGGAUGAAUACUUUGACGCGUUGCAACGUCUCACAUGCCAUAACCAUCUUGAAUCGUCCUUGAGCCAGCUUAUUCAUGAGACACUUGAGGCACGCUCCAGCGGAUGGAUACGGAAGCGAAUUGACGUGGUGGACGUCCAGUCUCCCGCGAUGCAAUCUGUGUGAAGCCUCUCCGCGUUAUGCCGCUUGAUUGAGAUAUUUAACAUGUACAAUAUGCCGUCCUCC